AAGAAUUUCUCUGUCAAGUCUCAGUGUUUUGUUGGUAAUUAUCCGGCUACAGUCAGAUUGUCCGAACCAAGUGGAGCAUUGAUUCCUUAAAAAGGGCUGACUAUAAUGUCAGCAUACAGGUCAGUGCUUGGUGUGGCAGUGCUGCUUCUCCACCUCUGGGAGACACACUCCUUCCCUACAUCUGCCUGUCCUGUUCCCUGCCUGUGCGAGCAAGGUCCUCUCCUGAACUGCUCUUCUUUAGGCCUGACUACGACUCCCACACGCAUCCCAGCUACUGCGGUUUCCUUGAACCUAUCUAAUAAUGCCCUGCGUUCUCUGGCUCCUCUCAGCUUUGGUCAAGUGAAAUUGAUAGGACUUCUGCACCUUUGGGUGGGAAGUAAUGCUCUGGAGAGCCUGUCUUUGAUUUUGAAGAAAGACUGGUCAGACACUAGGACCCUGUCAAGUGGAGAACAGGAAUGCACAUCCUGGGCAUCUGAUCUUCAGUUGCUGUCUGCAGAAAGAAACCAUCUAAAACGUCUACCAAAGGGGCUGGGCUGCAUGAAGUCCCUGCAGAUUCUACAGCUGUCUUAUAACCAGAUAUCCAACAUAGGUCUUACUGACCUGGACAAGUGCAGUAAUCUCAAAGAGCUACAUCUCCAGCAUAACAGCAUCACAAGCAUUCACCCAAAUGCUUUUAUAGACCUAAAACAGCUGCAGGUCCUUGAUCUGAGCUAUAAUCUCCUGGUCACCAUUCCUGUCCCUGCUUACAAGUCUCUGUGGUACCUGAAUGCCUUGGUCGAUGUCUCCUUCAACAGAUGGAAGUGUGACUGCAACUUGCAGACCUUGAAAAGAUGGUUAAGCUUUGAUCAUGAAAUGGGUAAUGUUUCCUGGAAAGUGGUGUGUGCCUCUCCACCACAUCAUUCUGGAAAAGAUCUGCUUCACCUAAAGGACUCAGAGCUCACUUGUCCAACACAUGAAUACAGCAUAUCUGGUCACCAUCAUAACAUGAUUGUCUACGAGGGAAUGCAAAUAUCAAUUCCUUGUCGCAAUGACAGUAAAGAUAUCAUGCAGGUUCAUUGGUGGACUCCGUGGGGCCAAGUCACAAAUAACCAAAAAGAACUACUAAUUGAGGACAUCACAGAGCAGCAUGCUGGACUUUACAUAUGUAUUUCAGGUGUCCGAGGGGAGCACAUAUUAGUAUUUGAUCUGCAGGUCUACAAAAAACACAGUGGCUCAAGACCACGUAGGGAAGCAGCAAUUAUCUUGGAUGAGGAAGACAAUUUUAACUUUCCAAGAAAUUAUCCAGUUACACGUCAAGGGACAAGAACCCAGUCAGAAUUUGUUCUUGCUGUCUGCCUGUCUGUCAUUAUUACAUUCAUUUUAGCCUUUAUCCUUGGUGUUUUUUUGAGACCACUGUUAGACAAGUUAUGGAGAAGAAUACGAUCCAAGAGACAAUCUCCACCACCACCACCAACAAUCUCCUCAACUGAACCCCAGCCAUAUGUGAAUGAGGGGUACUCUGAUGUUGAAGACCAAGAACAAGAAGUGAGACUGGGUUCAAGAGUUACAUUCGGUGGAAUCACAGUUGAAGAUCGAGAGCCUUACUAUGUCACUGUAGAGGAUGACCAUGCAGAUGGCUCCUCUGAGAGCAACACAGAAGUGGUUACUCUUUAUGAGGAAAUUGAAAAAAAUAAAUCAUCAAUAACUGGUGGAAAACAGAAGGCACUUGAUGUGGAGCAUCAUAGAGGAAGAGCAGAGAGUAGUAGUAGCGGCUCACUUCAGGAAGGCGAAGUAAAUGCUUUAGUCAUAAAUGGUAAGAAACUGCCACCCCUCACAACUGAAGACAUGCCAAAAUCCAUGGAAUUUGAGCCAAUUCCAGAUGCAAAUGAUGUCAUAAAGUUAAAAAGAAGGGGCAGUUCUUCCGCAUCAUCCCACUCCAGUCAGGAAGAUAACUUUUCAAGAGAAUUAAGGGAAUCAAGUGUUGACCCUCUUCCUGUCACUAUACCUGCAAACAAAAAUACAAAGAACAGAAUUCCAGGAUUUACUACAGAUCCAUUUUCAGAAUUGCCAUCAAGGCUGACAGAACAGAAUGUUGAUGAUUUGGACCCAGAGUUGUGGAAUGACAGUGGUGAGAGCUUUUCUUUCACUGAAGGCUCUGAAAGAUCAAGUAUCCGGGACCUCUCCAGCUCUGCUUUGGGACACCCAUUGAAGGACGAUGACACAUGGAGGCAAGGCAAAGUAAAAUCACCUACAGACAAAAUAGAAUUUGAUUCAGAGGUUUAUGAUCUUGACAAACCAUUUGGUAAAGAAGUUCUUGUUGAUGAUGUAAAGCAGUAUGAGCUCUCUGACAUUGAAAGCCUCUCUAAUUCAAGCGACAGUGAUGAAAGUGUAGGUGGACCAAACAAUUAUGUUGUAAACAAAGAGUUUGAAGAAUCAGAAAUAAUGGAUGAAUCAGACACAGAGAACAGUGCAAACUUGGACACUCUUGAGGAUUUCACAUUUAAUGAAAGAAUGCCUAGUGCUGGCAUUCUAAUAAGACAAGAGACUAUCACUUUGGAGCCUUCGGACAUUCAUUUGACUUUUACUCACGGAGACAGUGUCAAUGAGGGUAUGCCUAUUGAUGAUUCACAGAGGAAUUAUGAGAAUGUAAAGAAAUCAAACAAAUUUGCAAUAUCUUUAGAUGUGGGUCCUAUUUCAGUGCCAAAGGUUAAGAGAUAUGUUGAAUUUAAACAGUCCAAACCUCAUUUUGGACGCCCAACUCUGCCAUCAUUAUCGGAGAAGGAGGUCAAAUCCGAAGCGAACAUUGAUGCAUCCUCUGGAGAUAACAGAAGCUUAAGUCAAAUAAAGGUGUCUCCUGAUGCAAUUCAAAAAGUGAAGAGAUACAUUCACUUCAAACAGCCUGAACCUCAUUCCCCAACUCUGCCAUCAUCACCUUCCUUAACCAAAAAAGGUGCUAUGAUGGAAGCUAAAAGUUAUAGUUCAUCCUCAGAAGAUGAUGCUCAACUGACAACUAAGGAUGACAAUUUCUUCAGGACAAUGGAUGUAUCUUCUGAUGAAGUUUCAAAAGUAAAAAGAUACAUUUCAUUUAAACAGUUUGACUCUUCUUCCCCAACUCUGUCAAUAUCCAGACCUUCAACUAAUAUUAAGAGCACAACUGAGGCAACAAUACAAUCUAUGCAGCUCAGCACCUCACCAAAAGAUUUGAGUCAAAAUUUUAAGCAGCGUGGACAUCAUUCUUCAUCUCUGCCAGCAUCACCUACCUCAAGCAGGAAAGGUUUAUCAGGGAAAAAGACUAAAUACAAAAAACGAUAUGAUAAAUCAUACUAUGGGAGUCAUGAUAGCCUUCCUCUAUACCAUGUCCAUCCUGUCUAUAGAUCAAGUAUAAACAGACUGAAUAGGGGCUAUGAUACUGAUAGAUCAUAUUCCAGUGAAGAUGAAGAUACAUUUAUGGAGUACCCAAGAAAAUUAGAGAUUACAAUACCACCUGAGAUAAACAGAGGAUCCAUCACACCAGAUAAAAAUACAAACAAAAGCCUCAACAUUGACUUUGAUAACUCCUCCAGCAGCACAGAUGUACUUGAGAAGAAACAUUCUAAAGGUCUAAUGAGACUAAGAGCAUUAAGUGCACGACUGUUCAACAGACAAGAAAAUGAAAAGGAUGAGAGGAGGUCACCAACUGGUUGGGAUGUUGGAAGAACUAGUGGUGUCUCUAUUAACAAGCAGACAAAGUUAACUAAGGAACAAACCACUAAUGAACACAGUCUAUUCGGAAGGAGUUUAUCCCUUGAUCACUUACCAAAAGUGAAGAGAUACCUUCAGUUCUCGUACUCUGAUUCCCAUUUUCAAGUCCAAUUACCACCUUCACCACCAACCACUGGGGUAGUCGCACCUAUAGUGACAACUGAGUCUAGGAGAUCCAGUUACUCAUCUGAAGAUGAUGUCAAACAAACCAUUGGAGAUAAAAAUAUUGUUGGACAGGUGAAUGAAUCAUAUGUAGGACUUCCAAAAGUAAAAAGAUACAUUCAAUUCUCACACACUGAACCUUACUCGAAAACACUGCCCUUGAACAAACAAACUAUCUCAACUGAACAAGUGGCACAACCUGAAUCAAGGAGGCAAAGUACGUCUUCUGAAGAUGAUAUCAAACCUACAUCUAUUGAAGACAAUUUCUUGAGAAAUAAAAGCGUUUCUCUCGAUACAGUGCCACAUGUUAAAAGAUACAUUCAAUUCAGUCAGCCUAAACCUUACUCUCCAACUCUACCAUCCUUACCGGUUUCAACCAAAAGACCUGUGGUGGCAGCAGAGACAAGUUCAAGCACAUCUGACAAAUCUAAUGCUACAGGAACAUUUUUGGGGAGCCAAUUAGGUUUUAAUCCAAUACCAAAAGUUAAGCGGUAUGUUCAAUUUACACAGUCCAAACCACGUUCUCCAACUCCACCAUCAGUUUCAUCCUCUACAAAAGUUACACCUAAGAUAGAAUUGAAAACUGAAGCUAAAAUUGACAGAUCCUCUGGAGACCAGAGUUACAUAAUGCAAAUAGAGGAAUCUCCUGAAAAUAUUAAAAAAGUAAAAAGAUACAUUCAAUUCAAGCAGUCUGAACCUCAUUCGCCAACUCUGCCAUCACAUUCUUUAACCAAGAAAGAUGCUAUAAUGGAAACAGCGAGAUCAUCCUCAAAAGAUGAUGUUCAACCAACAACCAAAGAAGACAAUUUCUUCAGGAAAAUAGGUGCAUCUUUUGAUGGAGUUUCAAAAGUAAAAGGAUACAUCACAUUUAAACAGUUUGAUCCUUCUUCAGAUACCACUUCAGGUACACUGCAUGUCACACCUGAGGUGAAAACCAAAUCAGAAGCAAGCACUUCUUCUUCGGAUGAAGUUGAACUAACUGCUGAGGAAGAAAAUGUCUUUGAACAAACAGGAGCAUCUCUUGAUAGAGUGCCAAGAGUUAAGAGAUACAUUGAAUUCACACAUCCUAAAAGUCAAUCUCCUGUGCAGACAUCAACUGGUCUUUUAUCUGAAAGAGUCAACGUAUCUGUGGUAGCUAAAGAAACCAGGAGAUGGAGCACUUCAUCUGAGGAAGAUGUUAAACCAUCCACUAAAGAAGAUAAUAUCAUUAGGGAAACGGGUGAAUACCUUGCCAAAAUCCCCAAAGUAAAGAGGUACAUCAAGUUCACACAGUCCAAACCUCAUUCCUCAGAUCUGUCACCAUUUCCUCCAAACACAGUAAAAUCCAUAACGAUGACAGAAACCAAAUAUAGAGAAAGCACUUCAUCUGAGGAAGAUUUUCAGGAAGACAUUGGCUUGGGGCAAAUAGGUGCAUCUCUUGACAGAGUCCCAAGAGUUAAGAGAUACAUUGAAUUCACACAUCCUGAAAGUCAAUUUCCUGUGCAGACAUCAACUGGUCUUUUAUCUGAAAGAGUCAACGUAUCUGUGGUAGCUAAAGAAACAAGGAGAUGGAGCACUUCAUCUGAGGAAGAUGUUAAACCAUCCACUAAAGAAGAUAAUAUCAUUAGGGAAACGGGUGAAAACCUUGCUGAAAUCCCCAAAGUAAAGAGGUACAUCAAGUUCACACAGUCCAAACCUCAUUCCUCAGAUCUGUCACCAUUUCCUCCAAACAAAGUAAAAUCCACAACGGUGACAGAAACAGAAUAUAGAGAAAGCACUUCAUCUGAGGAUGAUUUUCAGGAAGACAAUGGCUUGGGGCAAAUAGGAGCAUCUCUUGACAGAGUUCCAAGAGUUAAGAGAUACAUUGAAUUCACACAUCCUGAAAAUCAAUUCCCUGCUCAAACAACUGCUCUCUCAGCUGAAAGAGUUGGAAUAUCAGGGGUAGAUCAAGAUACAAGGAGAUCAAUCACUUCAUCUGAGGAAGAUGUUACUGUAAUUGCUAAGGAAGACAAUGUCUAUGGACAUAUUGGAGCAUCUCUUGGCAAAAUACCAAAUGUUAAGCGAUAUAUUCAAUUCACAAAGCAUGAAAGUCAACCUCUUGUUCAGACAACAACCGCUCAUUUAUCUGAAAAAAUAUCUGGGGGUUUUCAAGAAACAAGAAGAUCAAGCACUUCAUCUGAAGAUGAGGAUAAGUCAUCUCAUGAUAAUAAUGUCAUUGUAGAAAGAGGUGCAUCUUUUGACAAAAUUCCAAAAGUUAAGAAAUACAUUAACUUCAUACCUGCUGAAAGUCAAUAUCCUGCUCAAUCACCUGCUGUCUUAACUGAAAGAGUUGGAAUAUCUGGGGUAACUCAAGAAACAAGGAUAUCAAGCACUUCAUCUAAGUACAUUAAACCAUCUUCAACGGAUUUUAGUCUCAUUGGAGAAAAAGACAAAUCUUUUGCCAGUAUUCCAAAAGUAAAGAAGUACAUUCAGUUCACACAAUCAGAACCUCAUUCCUCAGCUGUUUCGUCAUUUCUUAGUUCAAACACUGUACAAUCCAUAAAUAUAGGGGAAGUACAAGAAAAAAAGAAAUACAGACCUUCAUAUGAGGAUGUUAAACAAAGAAGACAUCAUGACAAUUUCUUUCAAGAAAUUGGUAUAUCUCUUGACAAAAUCCCAAAGUUAAAGAGGUAUGUUACAUUCUCAAAGAAUGAACCUACUUGUUCAACCAAAUUAAUGAAAAAAGAUUUAAUACCAACAAUGAAUGCAGACCUAGAAAUCACAUUGCCCGGUUUAUCAUCUGAGGGGUCACCUCCUGUCUCUAUGAAAAAAGGGUCUGCAUUGAUAAUAAAAACUGCAUCUGAAUCACUGAUGUCUAGCUCUAGUUUCAAGGACAACAUUAUGACAAAAGAGUCAAUGGACAGUUCAGUGGAACAGACUGGCCAAAAGUCAGUAUUUAGGAAGUCAACUUUAAGCCCCUUGUCCAGAGACAAACAAUCUGAAGGACAUCAGGUUAUGGAUGUACAACCACCACAAGAUGAAUUACCAGCAGUUCCACAGACAUCCCCACCUUCAUUGGAACAGGAUGAUGCAAGAGAAUAUCUCAGAGAAAAUUCUGAGGUCCUCCAAAGGCAAGAACGCAGACGAUUACUGCAGCAAAGAAGAACAGAAAUGGAUAAGUUCAACAUUGCAUCCCUUUCCUCCAUGCAAAAAGAGGUCUACCAGCAGGACAGAUCCCCUAAAGAUUAUGGAGGAGCGACACAGUUACAAACAGACCGAACUUACAGCACUAUCUCUACAAGAAACACAGCCACUUCCAGCCACACAGAAGGAGCUGAAGCCCCAGUUCUACGGGGUCUUAAAACUAAGAAUAUCUCAACUCCAAAGAAUAAGGAAUUUUUAAUUUAGACAAAGGGUUAAUUUUGACUUGUCUAACAGACAAUGUUGCACAAAUCUGAGCUGAUGCUUUUAAAAUCUCAGGUUUGAGGAUGGGGAUUUGUUUUUUUAGUAAGUAUUGUAAAUGAUGUAAUACAAUCAUAAGCAUAAUCUAAACUUCUUUCAGUAUUUCAUAAAAGUUUUUUUUGAAUUGAAACAAUGUAUAAAUGUAAAUAAGAAUCUGUAUUGUAUAAGAUCACAAACACUGUGUCCCACAACAGUGGGAGACCCCCAGGAUGACCCCAGAAUAGCUAGUCUAAGUAAUUUCUCAUUCAAAACAUGACGUUUAGAACAGAUUAAAAUAACACCACAUUUAGUUAAUAAACCCCUUUAUAUAUAUUGAAUGUAGAGAGGUUACAGUGAAAACAAAACACUUAUACACACAUCCAUACAUAUAUACAGUCCGAUGAGAAUGCUCAACCCUCUGCAUUACAUACUCCCUCACCCUCACACAACCCCCAGUCCCCCCAGCAUGCACAGCAUACAUAGACUGUUGGAUUUUUAGAUACUUGAUCAAUAAUUUAUGGUUAGCAACCUACAUCUUUCAGAGAAAAAAAAAUCUGAACAGAACAAAAAUAUCUUGUAACCAGGAAAAAAAAACUUUUGUUACCCCAAAUAUGCUUUGAUAAAGUUAAUAAUGAUUUUGUCUCUGUACUCUAAUUCCAUUCAACAAAUUUAGUACAUUUUCAUGACGCUGCAGAUAUACUAAAAAUGCUGCAGUCACUCAUGAACGUGGUAGUUUAGCUUUUGGUGGAGAUGGUGGAGGAGGCAAUGCAGAGAAGAACAUCUCAUCAGAUGAGGUUACAAGUGUGUUUAAGCUCUAAAUACCAUCACACAAUCAUGUUUUUCAUAAAGCGUUAAGACUGCAUGACCGCGGACACCCAAAUUAAGCACAAAAAG